AUGAACAAGACCUGUAAAAAUAAUGAGUGUGUCGAUAAGUCAUGCAAGUGUCCACCCUGUUCUUCAGGGGACAUGGACAAGUGCAAAUGCUCAAACCCCGACAGAGAAGGAAACUCAAGAUGUUCAAAGGAUGGAUCGCAUGGCUGCGUAUGCAGAUACAAGUAG